AUGAGAGAAAUCGUUCACAUCCAGGCCGGACAGUGUGGGAACCAGAUCGGGACAAAGUUCUGGGAGGUGAUCAGUGACGAGCACGGCAUCGACCCGGCGGGGAGCUACGUGGGCGACUCGUCUCUUCAGCUGGACAGAGUCAACGUCUACUACAAUGAGGCGUCCUCACAUAAAUACGUCCCCCGGGCCGUGCUGGUGGACCUGGAACCAGGAACCAUGGACAGCGUCCGCUCCGGAGCCUUCGGACAGCUCUUCAGACCGGACAACUUCAUCUUUGGUCAGACAGGUGCCGGGAACAACUGGGCCAAAGGUCACUACACGGAGGGGGCGGAGCUGGUGGACUCGGUCCUGGACAUCGUGAGGAAGGAGUGCGAGCACUGCGACUGUCUCCAGGGUUUCCAGCUGACUCACUCUCUGGGGGGGGGCACCGGCUCGGGCAUGGGCACCCUGCUGAUCAGCAAGAUCCGGGAGGAGUACCCCGACAGGAUCAUGAACACCUUCAGCGUCAUGCCCUCACCUAAGGUGUCGGACACCGUGGUGGAGCCUUACAACGCCACCCUGUCGGUCCACCAGCUGGUCGAAAACACGGACGAGACCUACUGCAUCGACAACGAGGCCCUUUACGACAUCUGCUUCCGCACGCUGAAACUCACGACGCCCACCUACGGCGACCUCAACCACCUGGUGUCGGCCACCAUGAGCGGCGUGACGACCUCGCUCCGUUUCCCCGGGCAGCUCAACGCGGAUCUCCGCAAACUGGCCGUCAACAUGGUGCCGUUUCCCAGACUGCACUUCUUCAUGCCGGGCUUCGCUCCUCUGACGGCGCGAGGCAGCCAGCAGUACCGGGCGCUCACCGUCCCCGAACUCACCCAGCAGAUGUUCGACGCAAGAAAUAUGAUGGCGGCCUGCGACCCUCGCCACGGACGCUACCUGACCGUCGCCACCGUCUUCCGCGGGCCCAUGUCCAUGAAGGAGGUGGACGAGCAGAUGCUGAACGUCCAGAACAAGAACAGCAGCUACUUCGUGGAGUGGAUCCCCAACAACGUCAAGGUGGCGGUCUGCGACAUCGCUCCCCGGGGGCUCAAGAUGGCCGCCACUUUUAUCGGCAACAGCACGGCCAUCCAGGAGCUGUUCAAGCGGAUCUCGGAGCAGUUCUCCGCCAUGUUCCGCAGGAAGGCCUUCCUGCACUGGUUCACGGGCGAGGGCAUGGACGAGAUGGAGUUCACGGAGGCGGAGAGCAACAUGAACGACCUGGUGUCCGAGUACCAGCAGUACCAGGAGGCCACCGCCAACGACGGCGAGGAGAACUUUGAGGACGAGGAGGACGAGAUCGUCGAGUAAGGAGGCCGAGCGUGUCCGGUAAAACUCAGAGAACGCUGGUUCGGUGAUGGCGGGAGGGCAGAGCACAAACAUUAAGCGAUAACUUAAAAACCGUCUGAAAUCAGAGAAUUAGCUCGUUAAAUCAUAAAAAAAUAUUAACCCUUUAAAACGUGAACAAAUCGGCUUGAUAUCAUUAAAAACAUGGGAUGAAGUUACGAGAAAUAAAGAAAUAAAGAAAAAAAGGAAGAAAACAAGG